AUUGAAUUUAGUGAGCUAAAACCCUUUGAAAACCCAGCUCAAGUGGAGUGGGGGAGCAAGAUAGAAGAUGGAUGGAAAUAACGGGUACAAGGAGUAUGUAGCUGGCCUCAUGGCCGGUAUUGCUAUUGUAAUUACUGGGCACCCUUUUGAUACCGUCAAGGUGAAGCUCCAGAAACACAAUACAGAAGCUCGUGGAAUAAAGUACAAGAAUGGAUUGCAUUGUGCUGCUAGAAUAUUAAAAACUGAAGGAGUUAAGGGGCUCUAUCGAGGAGCUACAUCUUCAUUCAUUGGCAUGGCCUUCGAGAGCUCACUUGUAUUUGGCAUUUACUCCCAAACAAAACUAUUGCUGCAGGGUGGACCUGAUGUAGGUAAGCCACAGCCUCGAGCAAUAGUUCCUUCAGCUGCCUUUGGUGGAGCUAUUAUCAGCUUCAUUCUUUGUCCAUCAGAACUGGUGAAGUGUAGGAUGCAAGUUCAGGGUGCUGAUUCUGUGGUACCAAGCUCCAGUAGAUAUGGUGGUCCUCUUGAGUGUGCCCUUAAAACUGUAAAAUGUGAAGGGAUCACAGGCAUAUUUCGAGGAGGCUUCACAACCUUAUUAAGAGAAUCUUUCGGGAACGCUGUCUUCUUUAGUACAUAUGAAUAUGUGCGUUAUCACUUGCAUCUACAACAUAAAGGUGCUUCCUCUGAGUCUAGCCAAUUGAUUGAUAUUGGAGUUGGAAUAAUGAGUGGAGGUCUUGGCGGUAUAGCAUGCUGGUCAGCAGUUCUGCCGUUGGAUGUAGCAAAAACUAUAAUUCAAACUACCCCAGAGAAAAACCAUACGAGAAAUCCGUUUCGUGUCUUAAAAUCGAUUUAUGCGAGAUCUGGUCUUAGAGGAUGCUAUAUGGGCCUAGGUCCUACAAUUGUGAGAGCGUUUCCUGCUAAUGCAGCUGCAAUUGUUACAUGGGAACUGUCUGCCAAACUGUUGGGAAUCAAGCGUGAUUUGAAUUAGCAAGAAAUCUUGAUUGCUGCCAAUAUUUAUUCUGGUUGCCUGAUGUCUUAAAGCUUUAGAGGCUUGUAGCAAGGUCUGCAUGUUUCUUUUAAUAUGCCCUCUGUCGUGCUACUAAUUUGGCACAAGCGCCUUUUAUUUUCUUAAUGAGAUAAUCUUUCUUUAAUUUGAGCUUUGUGUUUCUCUCAUUUUGUUUUUUUCCCUUUUUAACUCUUUAAAGGAGUGUUCUUCUUAGGUUUUAUGCGCAUCAUUAUUAGCUAUUUAGCUGCAAUACACUUUACCCUCCCCAGACCGUGUGGGAUUUCACUGGGUUGUUGUUGUAUUCUGUGAAAGAUAGUUUUUGCAUACUGUGAUAUGCUUCAAUUCA